UUUUGUAGUCUCGGGAGCUAGCCUUCUUUUUAGACCGUUGUAAAAAAAAUCAUAAUAUAUUAAUACAAUUCAUUUUAUUUACGUUUAUGCCAUUUUGAUAUUCAACCCAUGUUUCUCAUGUUGAGAAAUUGGGCUCCUUCCAGACAUUUGCCUAAGGAAACACUAUUAUCCAUUGAAUGGAUUAGAUUUGUUACAAUCAAGUCUCACUUUCACCCAACAAGAAAAAAAAAAUAACAAUUUUGCAACACUCAUUCUUCCCUUUCAAACUUGAAAUUGACAAAGAACCUAAAAUCAUUUGCUUGCCUUAUAGAGUAAAUAGUGUAGUCCCUCUCAUUCACUUCACUCUCCCCAAGUAUAAAUUUCUAAAAAUAGUAAGCAUUUCUUCAAUCCAUCAACCAUGCCUUUUCUCUCUCCUCUUCAGCUACUGCUAUUGUUACCAUUGCUACUCAAUCUAUGGGAAAUUCCAACAAAUGCCUCAAAAAAUUAUAUUUCAGCCAUUGGAGACCCAGGAAUGAAGAACCCAAAUACCAGAAUUGGCUUUGAAGCUUGGAAUUUCUGCAAUGAAGUGGGGUUUGAAGCUCCUCAUAUGGGUAGCCCCAGACUUGCUGAUUGUGCUGAUUUGCAAUGUCCCAUUAUCCAUGAGGUUGUAAAUGCUGACAUAGUUAACAAAGAAAGUGUUUGCAAAGUGCAUCACAAAGUAAAGCCCUCGGACAACAGGUUGGGGGCAGGUGACAACUUUCCUAUUCCUGGUUUUCAGCCUUAUGCUGAUCCUGACCGCUAUGCUGUUGAAAAGGAGUUGUAUCUUGCUUCGCUGUGCGAAGUAUCUGAAUCUGGAGACCCGUGGCAAUUUUGGAUGAUCAUGCUUAAGAAUGGAAAUUUCGACAAAAAUACUACACUUUGUCCUGAGAACGGCAAAAAAGUUGCUAAAAUAGUUACCGACAGAAAGUUUCCAUGCUUUGGGAAAGGAUGCAUGAACCAGCCUCUUGUUUAUCAUAAUCAAUCAAAACCUGUUUUCAACGAGCAGCAAGAAGCAUCACUAAGUGGAGGAUUUUAUGGUUCCUAUGAUCUUGAUGCAGAUUUCAGUAAAGGUGUGGGCAACAAAUCAUUUUUUUCUGUUUCCUGGAAAAAAAAUUUGACCAACGGAAGUUGGAUUAUCUCGAACAAAUUAUCAACAUCUUCCAAGUACCCUUGGCUUAUGUUGUACUUGAGAGCAGACUCAACCAGAGGAUUCAAUGGAGGCUAUCAUUAUGAGGGUAGAGGCAUGCUUAGAAAGCUGCCAGAAUCUCCUAACUUUAAAACAAAAUUGACGCUUGACAUCAAACAAGGUGGUGGCCCUAACAGUCAGUUCUAUCUCAGUGACAUUGGAGGUUGCUGGAAAAAUAAUGGACUUCCAUGUGAUGGUGAUGUCUUGACUGAUGUAACCAGAUAUUCUGAGAUGAUCAUUAACCCUGAAACUACUAGCUGGUGUCGAGCAGAUAACCUUGUUUCAUGCCCACCGUAUCAUCUUAGUGUUAUGGGAGAGGUUAUUCACAGAAAUGAUUCAUUUCGAUACCCAUAUUCAGCAUACCAUCUUUAUUGCGGCCCAGGAAAUGCUGAAUUUGCUGAGAAACCAGUUGAUAUUUGCGAUCCAUAUAGCAAUCCACAGUCACAAGAAAUCUUACAGCUUUUGCCUCACCCCGAGUGGGCUGUCCAUGGAUAUCCUGAAAAGCAAGGAGAUGGUUGGAUUGGGGAUUCAAGAAGCUGGGAGCUUGAUGUUGGGGCUCUUUCGAAUCGGUUGUACUUCUACCAGGAUCCAGGAACAGCACCAGCCAAGCGCAUAUGGUCAUCCAUCAACGUAGGUGUAGAAAUAUAUGUUAGUAACAAAAGAGAGACUGCAGAAUGGACUGUAAGCGAUUUUGAUGUUCUGCUUCCCGAAGAAAAGCAGCAAUGAUUGUCAGAGAAUUCUCUUCAACCUUUUAAUGAAUCGGCACACUUGCAGUUAGAUAUAUGAUUUUACUAAACCCUAUGUAUCAUAGUUCUAUUUUUUUUUUUUUAUUACUAUUUUCUAUUUUGUUGGUUGACACAUGUAAUGUAACGAAUGUACAGAAAUAAACAAAAUGGUGUAUGUUGUGCUCUUGCAGCAUACUAAUAAAAAGUUGGUUCAGCUAUUAAAAGGCAGUCUUUUACUGA